UGGUGGUCCCGUCUUGUCUCAGGUGGGAGUUGGAUCUAACUCGCUUCGCUAGUUACGCCUUCGGUUUUACCGCGCCUCGGCGCCGAUUCUGCUCACGGUCGCGACUUGGGCGGAGGCUGUCGUCGCUCCGUCGCGUCCGGGCGAAGCCCAUUAGUUUCCUUCUCUUUUGUUUUGGUGGCUCUUCUUCCUCUUCUUCUUCGGCACGAGCGGGCGAAUGCCAGUAGCCAACGGCAAAGCUCCGUGCCUUUCUUGUUCUUCGUGUCGCGUUGUGAUUCGCCGCAGAGUGGUAGAUUGUCAGUACGACGGAACUACCCAGUGAUUGAGUUCUGAUUGGAAUUUCGUGCUUUCCCUGUCUUCAUCUCGGCGCCUGCUCUCUUUCUCUUGCGGUUUUGACUUGAUGCACUCUAGAUGCUUGAAUUUGCUUUGACCGUCGAAUGAAUAGUCAGUGAGAAGCUUGAUUUGUUCAGAGGGUACUGGGGAUUUGAAUUGGAAGAUUCAGUUGCUGUGGGAUUCUAGGCAAUGCUAUCUCAAUAAAUUUACAAGACAUGGACUUUCGUUACCACUGUCCUCUAUUGAGGUGAUUCAGCAGAUUUAGAACCAUGAACGGACACAGCAUGACGUUACCUCAAAGUGGGUCUACAAAGGGGAUGACAAACUCCCACUACACUGGGAUGUCCCUGGAUCAUAAAUUUCUGAAUGCUGAAUCUGAAGGAAUUUCCAAGGCCAGUGGACGGUCAUCCUCAUCCCCAUCCCCAUUUAUCCGUGUGGAACCACUCAGUUUGAAUCUUUCGCCAGAAUCUACCUUUCAAUCCCACAAAACUUGUUCAGAAUCAAGCCCAAGUAGUCCUCUCUCUCUGGCUUCUCAUGUCCAAACUCCAAAGAGCACAUAUUCACGAUCUUCAGUGUUCUGUACUAGCUUAUACCAGUCGUCUUCUUCAACUUCUGAAGCCCACAAGCACCUGCGGAAUCUGCCAUUUCUUCCACAUCCUCCAGCAUACAACCAAUCUGUUUCUGCUGUUGACUCAAAAUCUUCAUCUCUCUUUAGUGAGGACAUUAGUAAUUUGGAUGAUGAGAAACAUACAGAAGCUCUAAUGACGGACUACUUGGGUUUUCCUGGAGAUAGUUCUGAUGGUAGCUUCAAUGGUAUGAACUGUGCAAGCGACACCUUAAUGCUAACAGAGCAUUUGGAGCUACAGUAUUUGUCUGAUGAUCUUGAUCUAGCUAUAACUGAUAAUGGAGAAAUCCCAAAGCUUGAUGACAUCUAUGAAGCACGUCAACCACCGUCAAAGCAAGGAACGGGAUUGGUUUUCCUCCAAAAGUGCCAUUCCCCAUUGCCAGCCAUUGAUUCUCUUUCUAGUCCGCCAUCUUCUGGACCUGCCGCAGCACACAAGCCAAGAAUGAGAUGGACGCCAGAACUUCAUGUGCGUUUUGUGGAUGCUGUCAAUAAGCUUGAUGGGGCUGAAAAGGCUACCCCUAAGGGAGUAUUGAAGCUUAUGAAUGUUGAAGGUUUGACAAUCUACCAUGUAAAAAGUCAUUUGCAGAAAUACCGUUUAGCCAAGUAUAUGCCAGAGAAAAAGGAAGAGAAAAAAGGUGGCAGCUCUGAGGAAAAGAAAGCCAUGUCUUGUGCCAAUGAAAGCGAUGGAAGAAGAAAAGGGAGCACGGAGAUUACAGAGGCCUUGCGCAUGCAGAUGGAAGUUCAGAAACAGUUGCAUGAGCAACUUGAGGUGCAAAGAGCACUUCAGUUACGCAUAGAAGAGCACGCGAGAUACUUGCAAAAGAUUCUGGAGGAACAGCAGAAAGCUGGUGUUGUCCUGACACGCCCUCAAAAAAUGACUUCGUCGGAGGAUCCAUCCCCAGAAAGUGAACUUCCAAUGCCUUCUCCAACCAUUGCUGCUUUGCUGCCUGGACCAACUGAAUCAAAAUAUGUUCCCGGAUUCCUAUCACUUAAGCACAAGGCUAGUGAAAACAGCAGCACCGAAUCACACGAGUGCCGGCAGAAGAGGAUUCGGAUGGAAGAAAAGGCUGAAUCCACUUCAGUUUCCGACGGGGCUGUUCUUGAGAAUCCAAGCGAGAUGACUCAAGUUCAGAGACGCUAGUCCUCUCCUUUGUUAAACCCCCUGUAAAUUUUAUUUUUUUCUUGUAGACAAGUUGUCUAAUCGAUUUGCUUGAAUGAACACUGCUUAUUCUUCAGCAUCUGUAGGCACUUAAAAUAUACACUUUGGACAUGUAUUGCUGUCAAUCUCUUUUCGCCGACUCUCUCU